AACCAAAGUAUGUCACAUUUGGAUCACACAAGAGGAACUGAAUAAGUUGAAACAAAUCAACCAUGGCUUCUCUUGCUAGUUUUGCUUCUGUUCAACCAGCUUCUCUCAAUGUUAAGGGUCUUUGUGGAAGUUCCUUUACUGGAACUAAGCUUGCUUUCAAACCUUCUCGCCAGAGUUUCAAAUCCAAGAAUUUCAGGAGUGGCUGUGUGGUGGCAAAAUAUGGUGACAAGAGUGUUUACUUUGAUUUGGAGGAUAUUGGUAACACUACAGGUCAGUGGGAUUUGUAUGGCUCAGAUGCACCAUCACCCUACAAUCCUCUUCAGAGCAAGUUCUUUGAGACAUUUGCAGCACCAUUCACAAAGAGAGGACUAUUACUCAAGUUUUUGAUCCUUGGAGGUGGUUCAACUCUUGCAUACUUCAGUGCCACAGCCUCAGGUGACAUUCUACCAAUCAAGAAAGGUCCACAGCUUCCACCAAAGCUCGGUCCCCGCGGCAAGCUCUAAUUUAGUUUCCGAAUUCAACCCGUUUACUUUUCUCAUUUUGAAACCGAACAUGUAUAUCUAUCUCGUAUCGCAUGAUGUGUAAGUAUGAUUACAUCUUACUUCUAUUCAAUGAUGCUUAUUAGUUAUUUUCAA